ACUCAUUGCAAGUGCCCAACUGGGGGCGCUACGGACAACUGUUUGACUCGGAACAUUUUUGGUUUCAUAUCGAGAAGUUGAUGUUUGAGGACGUCGUUAUUGAAAACUGCAAGCUGAAACUUUGAACUCAAGAGAUCACAUAGGUUUCUUGACUGAAUAUGGAAGAAUUGAGGCAUCAAGUUAUGAUAAACCAGUUUGUUCUUACAGCCGGAUGUGCGGCAGAUCAAGCAAAGCAGCUUCUACAAGCUUCACACUGGCAGUUUGAGACUGCUCUUAGUACUUUUUUCCAAGAAGCUAAUAUUCCUUACAGCCAUCAGAUGAUGCGCACUCCAUCCAACACCCCCGCAACACCCCCCAACUUCCCAGAUGCCCUAUCCAUGUUCUCCUGCCUGAAAGCCUCUGAAAGCUUUGGGAACAGUAGUCCAAUUGCUUCAAUGGCUACAUCACCAACUCCUCACGUCAACUGGGCCAUGAGCCCUCCGCCAACCCCUGGUCACCAGGGGCGAUGGACUGCAGGUCAGAUCGCACCACAGAUGGCAUCACCGGGCUGGCCAGCAGCUGUAACACAGCAAGCCUCCACUGAGCAUGCUAGUAUUGUCAUGGGGGCAGAGAGAUAGAGACUAAUUUAACUAUCCAUCACACCUUACAGGAAGAGGAGGAUGGUUGAUUUCGUCAGUUGUGCACAGUGGAUAUAGAACAGUGCAGCGAGAGCACUAGUUGGAUGUAAUAAACAGUAUGGGAGAUUCAUGGUAACACUGAUGGUGGAACAGCUCAUGGCCACUCUUCUUAGGGCACAGGAGAUUGGGGACUGUUUUAAAAUGAUUUAUUUGUUGGCAAUUACCAAAAAGAUGGACAAAAUGAGUAAAUAUGUAGCAUAUUCUAAGAGAACCUCAGACGAAUGAAUGUGUAACUGAAUCAUUUUAUUCUCUUCUAUUUCAGCAGUUCUCAAUUAAUGGUGAAUACACAACACUAUUUUGCUCUGUAUACUAAAACCCUGCCGUGACUUAAGGUUAAAUGGCUAGUUCAACCAAAAACUAUCUGUGACUUUUUAUCAGCUGCCAUUGUAUUGAAAAGAUGGACUGUGAUAUGAAAAUGAAACAAAGUCAUACAGUAAUGUAAAUGAUGCAAGAAUCAUAUGAACCAUCCCUUUAAUGGACAGGAUUUACUGCAGUAAUCAUAUGAUCUUUCCAGCCUGGUUUGUAAUUAUUGACUUCCUUAUGACUCUCUGUGAUGCAUUGAAUGAAUUGACAUUUUGUAUGAUUAGAAUAAAUAGGAGGAAUUUCAUGGCCAGAAAGAUUGCUACAUGUGACAUUCUUCUCUGAACAUUGAAUUCUAUGGUUCUGAGUUAAUGAUGUUCAGCACUUAAAACACAUUUGUCUGUUUUAUCACGAAUCCCUAUUUUAUUAUAUACAGCAAGAAUGUUUUCCUACUAUUUUUUUUUUUUCCACUGAUCAUCUCCCUGUAUCUGUGUUCACUAUGUCUCCACAAUAUUUGUGGACUAUGUGAUGAUUAUCAUUUCCUAUUAUUUGUGUUUUUAAAUAAAUGUUGGAUAUAUUCAAAUUCUUUGCAGCACACCUUUUUCAGUAGCAUAGUAAUUUGUUUAUAUCAGGAAUUUAGAGUUUUGUUUUCAUUAUUGUAGGGACAACAAUGCAUUUGCACCUGAUCUUUAUAUCCUUUUAUAUGGUAAAUAAUUACAAAUGACUACUAAUGACUUAUUGACCAUUCCAGAUGCUAUAUCGUUGAAUUGAGCACACUUUGUCAUAUAUAUCAAAGGUAAAAUAUGUACAUAGAAUUUAAGUGAAAAACAAAUUAUUUUGACAAAAAGUUAUAUAUAUAUAUAUAUAUAUAUAUAAGUAAUGUUUAAAAGACAAUAAAAAAAUAGAUUUAAAAUAUGAAAACAAUUGCUUGUACUGACCUGUAAAUAAAUUGGUAAACAAGCUAUCUAACAGAAAUAAAUAAUUGAAAUGGGAAUAUAGUCUGCAAGGUUCUUUGAUUAACUUUCUUUUGAUUCAAUUUAAACAAAUGUUUUAUAGUGAAUAUAAUUUGUUUCUAGUUAUGCUCAAAUAUCUCACAAGACUGUAAAUGCAGUUCAUAUAAACACAAUUCUGAUGAGGAGUAGAACAUGUUAAAUGAGACCAUCUGUUUCACUUCAGCCUACA